GCCCUUUAUUUUACAAGUCUUCGCGAGGUAUGCAUUGGGUGCGCCCGAUGAAUAAAGUGUGCUAUAUUGUUCUCAAUUUUUGAUAAUUUUUGAUAAUUUUGGAACAGGGAUCAUGUGAUAUUUUUGCUAACGGAAACUAUGUGUUGUGUAAAGUGAUUGAACUGAAGCUGGUUUUCGUGAGUCCUACUAAUUUGGAUUGUCCAAGGACAUCGAGGUUUAAGAUUAGAUUUCAAAGGUUCUAGAGAAAUCGCCAUCAUGAUACUGUUGGCAAUAACGGUUGUAGCUGCAGCCAGCUGCGUGCAAGCUCAGUCGACCGCACAAACAAAUGUAGCUCCAGACCUGAGAGAGUGUUACAUUGAUCCAAGUUUUACUAACAGAAACAACAUACCACCAACCACUAUACAAGUCCUAAUAGACAUUAUUCAACAAAUUGAAGAUAAUCGCAACGUCAACAAUGUUCUUAAUUUACGUGAACUAACGUGUUUGGUGCUGCAAAGGUAUAGACAAGACGGUAUAGAAUAUCAUCAGCCAGAGAGUACUAUCGCCGCCACAACUAAUGUGCUGCCAUUUGCGCCGACGUUUCAUUCCUUCUAUCGUAACAAAUUGCUGCUAAGCCGAAUUCUCCCCGUGAAUUUACAACAGUUGGCCAACGACACUGUUAAUUCUCCUUUAAAGUGUGCACUUCAUCGCAUGUUGUCCACUACAGUGGAUUCUCGAGCUCGUGAUGAUGGAAACAGCUGCAACCAACUAUCGCAAUACCGAGCUAUAAGAACCGCGCGCAGUUUGAGGAAACAUUUACUUAAAGAUGAUGUUGAAAUGUUGGACGUAGCUAAACUAAAUUCAGCGAAGAGAAGCGGUCAAAUGAUGCAAUACAAUCCCAAAGACGAUAUUGACGUUAGAAAUUAUAACCAUAACGAUUUAUCUGAACGUCAAGUUGUGACACAAAGUCAAUGCCCACUGUUGGACGGGGUGAUCAGUACUCGGUGGGGCCAUGUUUCUGCGGGUAGCGUGCUGGCAGGAAUAGCAGCGGGAGCUCAACCUCAGCAAAUACCGAUUGAAAAUCUGGCAAAGGGUUCCGUUAUUAACAUACCUAAUGUUCAGUCACAUGUAACUGCUUUAUAUCCGGCUACAAUAUCAGGUGAUUUAGCUGAAGCAGUACUUAUACAAAACACAGAGAGAGGCAGCCAAACUAUAUCUGUGGGAGCAGCCGGUGGUUGGAACUCGACGCAAGCGCGUAGAUUCUUCAUGCUACAAGCACCCAACGGACUUAAUAACAUUGAGAUGACAGAUCCAGAGAUACGCGGUGGUAUCGAUGGCUUUGUACUAGGUAGCGUCAUGCCUACACUCAUUCAAAAUGUCAAUUCGAUUAGGCUAUCCCAAGUACUAGAUAUGUACUAUACUGCAAGGAAUGGUGUACUGGAUUCAACACGAAGAGCUUGCAAUCGUAGAGCUCUCGCUCAAACUAUACCAACGGCCAACUUAAUAGGAGAAACUUUAGCAUUCGCGGCAGCAUUGGAUACCAACAUGCCCCUGCGUGGUACAAUUAUAGGAGGAUUGGAACAGCCAGUCAACAGUGCUGUAACUAAUUUCCAAACCUAUGCUAAUAAUAAUUUGAACGAUUUAUCCUGUGCUGACACGGAAACUAGCACGACUGAUUUUAGAGUUAAAACUAACCUCUACCUCGCCGUUGACGCAUCAUGGCCAUUCACAACCAUCUACCCGGCCAUCUCGUAUCUACUAGACAAAAUUGAAGUUGGGAAGUACGGAUCAAGUGUAACUUUGUUAACAACAUUCGAUGGAGGUGUCGUUGUCAAUAAAACCUUCUCUCUAGCAAAUUUUCACACUGAAUAUACAUUAGCACGACAUCUAUCAAUGCUUCGUGGAGUAAAUCUGGAAAGUGCUCUCCCAAGUAUCACUACGUUGCUGCAAACUGAACUGGAUAACGAAAGAGCAAGCAACUACAUUGGUGGGAACUCCACUGUUCUUCUGUUUCUACUUAACUCGGCCGUUCAAAUCAACCUAGAAAUUGUCCAGAAUCAAGCAAGAAUUUUAAAUGAUUCGGUACCAGAUUUAAGAGUUCUGUAUGCUUCUUCAACAAAUCAAUUAGACACUCUGUGGCCAUUAACACGUGAUAUGCAUAAUGACAUCGUAACAAUAAAUUUAAGUACAGAUGGCACUAAUGUGGAAUCGAAUAUGGAGGGUGUGUUAAGAAGAGUAUCAAAUGUUGGAAGAAGAAUUAUAAAUCCCACUUGUGGAGCAAAUUUCCCCCCAGACUCAUUAUCCGGAAACCGCAAUUUUGUUGAUUUUGUCGAACCUGGCUAUAUCAAUUACUACUCUGUAAGCCCUAACUAUUUCCACAUAAAUCAUGACAACAGGAGAGUUCGUAUCUCGCAAUCUGUCGCCGGUGUGGGUAAUAUUAUAGUUUGUCACUCACGAAACUUCAUUCAACCUAGACAAACGAAUAUAAGCAUUGGUGUAGAAACAAGCGACGUAGAAUGCCAGACACUGACAGUUGGUAAUACAGGAGUAGAGAUAAACUUGCGAGGUGCCUGCGAUGAGAACAGACCAAUCAACAAUUGUCAACCCUUCCACAUAUCCGUGCAAUCGGUGAUACCCACUACCAACACUGCAUUAGGUUCUGCAUGCACAGAACGCGGGUGCAGAUUUCCAUACAACAUUAGAUACCAAGUGCAAAUAGAAGAGUUCGGAUGUUUCAGUGGAAGCGGUAGCGUGACGUAUAGCUUGACUCUACUACUUCUGGCGUUGAUUUACAACUUUGUUUGAAAUAUUCACAUCUGCCUACCGAAUUAAUCUAUUUAAACUUACGUAUUUUUAAUUAUCUUAGUGUAGAUACCGUCUUCAUUUGUAAGUCAAGUAGCUGACUUUAUUAUUAUACAGGUACUAUUAAUAAAAAUAAAUAUUGGUUGCAAUCACUGCUGGAAUUCAUAUUUUCAAUGAAAAUCAUGAAAAUAGCUGCACGGGUUUUCAUACCAACGCUGAAUGCUGUUUCAGAGUUUCAAGAAUAAACUCAAAAAAUCUACUAAGUAAAAAUAUGCAAAAUGACUUGAACUACCAUAUUAUGUAAUGUGUAAUACCAAUCUUGCUUACCGAAACUAAUUAUUGUGAAUCAUAGGCGGAAAUCCGGUACGGUACAUCUUUACAUUUCAUUAUGGUACUGUAUUGCUAGUCUAAAGUACAAAUUACGAAUCAUGACAAUACGCAUCGUACGUAUAUAAAUUAACAACUUGGUUAAUGAAAAACCAGUCAGUGCACAUUCAGUGGUCAUAGUAACCAAUACCAUAAACCACCAAAUAGUUUUACCCUUUGUAAUUACUUUAAGAUACCUUAUACUUCUUUAAUUCUUGUGCUGUUAAUUAUAACAUACUAAUUAAGUACGUAGAGCACGUCCACACAUUAAUUUAAUAGUUUAAUAUGUGCUUGUGUAAAACCAUGUUCGAAAAAUGAUACAAAGUACAAUGAUUUUGGGUUGUGUGGACACAGCUUUAUCAUGCAGGGUAGAUAAGUAAAUCUAAUUUCUUAAAAUUCCUUAAAUAUUAGUAUCGCAUGUCUGGAGUAUUUCAAAAUUAAGUAUAGUAGGUACCUACCUAGGUAGGUACCUGCAACAAGCAUACAAAGAUAUUCCUGAAGAUUCAAAAUUAACCGCUCAACUAUCCCAGCCGAUUUUACAAACACUUCUAAAUGCCCUCGCGGGGCCGCUCUUUAAGGAGAGUACAAAUUAGUAUUCAAAGUAUUUUAUAAUUAAAAAAUGUCUAAACAUUUAUUAUAUUGCGAAAGCACACGGAAUAUGAGGACAAUACGGUGUGCAAAAAUUAGGAGAUAAUAAUAUAUUUUUUAUAUUUUAAGAUAAACUUGUAAAUGCACUAUCAAGCUUCCGCCUUUUUGUGCAUACGAAAACAGUUAACUUUUAUAGGACAAUUAAGACAGUUUACUUUACUUUAAUUUAAUUUAAUUUAAUACCUAUGUAUAGAUUAGUUUUACGGUAUGUAGGUACCUUACCUAAAAGCAUAGAAUAUUGAUCAAUUGCUUCUGUACUAAAAAUAUUGUUUUUCAUAUAGACACAGAAAACGAUUUUUAAAUUAUAGUUUUUUUUAAUAAAGUUCUAAAUAUAAAAU